GGCGUGCGGGCGUGCGGGCGGGCGCGCGGGGCACGGGACGGCGGAGUAUGCGCGGGCCUCGGCGGGCAGCCCCGGCUCACAGCCGCGGCCCGGGCGCGCGGCGCGGGGCGGAAAAGCCUGUUUACACAGACUGCACACCGCCUGGGGAAUAAUGCAGUAAAGGAAGUGAGCCGGCUCGGCCUGACUGCUCCAACUUCCUGCUCUCACACACACCAGAGGGGGAAAAAAAAAGAAAGAGGAGCGAGAGAAAGAAAAAAAAAAAGGGGGAAAAAUCAGGAUCUCAUUACAAGAGCAACAGACCGUCUGCAGACGCCUGUCAGCAUGGAAAGUCGGGGGCUUUCGCCCGGGUCCUCCUAGAAAUUCCCCCGGAGAAGGAUCUUGAAAGCUCCCCCACAUCUGGGUAUGGAGAGUGCAAUCACGCUGUGGCAGUUCCUGUUGCAGUUGCUGCUGGACCAGAAACACGAGCAUCUGAUCUGCUGGACCUCCAACGAUGGUGAAUUCAAGCUCCUCAAAGCAGAAGAAGUGGCCAAGCUGUGGGGACUCCGCAAAAACAAGACAAAUAUGAACUAUGAUAAGCUGAGCAGAGCGCUGCGAUACUAUUAUGACAAGAAUAUCAUCAAGAAGGUGAUUGGGCAGAAGUUUGUGUACAAGUUCGUCUCUUUCCCAGAGAUCCUCAAAAUGGAUCCUCACGCGGUGGAGAUCAGCAGGGAGAGCCUUUUGUUGCAGGACAGUGACUGCAAGGUGCCUCCCGAGGGCCGCGAGGCCCACAAACACGGCUUGUCCGCCCUCAAAAGCACGAGCCGCAAUGAAUACAUCCACUCAGGCCUGUACUCGUCCUUUACCAUUAAUUCCCUGCAGAAUCCUCCCGAGGCCUUCAAGGCCAUCAAGACAGAGAAGCUGGAGGAGCCACCUGAGGACAGUCCCCCUGUGGAAGAAGUCAGGACUGUGAUCAGGUUUGUGACCAAUAAAACCGAGAAGCACAUCACCAGGCCGGUGGUGUCCCUGCCUUCCACACCUGAGGCUGCUGCGGCGUCCGCCUUCCUGGCCUCCUCCGUCUCAGCCAAGAUCUCCUCUUUAAUGUUGCCAAAUGCCGCCAGCAUCUCCUCGGCCUCACCCUCCUCUUCUCGGUCCCCAUCCCUGUCCCCCAACUCACCGCUCCCUUCUGAACACAGAAGCCUCUUCCUGGAGGCUGCCUGCCAUGACUCGGAUUCCCUGGAGCCCUUGAACCUGUCGUCAGGCUCCAAGACCAAGUCUCCAUCUCUUCCCCCAAAGGGCAAAAAGCCCAAAGGCUUGGAAAUCUCUGCGCCCCCGCUGGUGCUCUCCGGCACCGACCUUGGCUCCAUUGCUCUCAACAGCCCAGCCCUGCCCUCGGGAUCCCUCACCCCAGCCUUCUUCACUGCACAGACACCAAAUGGAUUGCUUCUGACCCCGAGUCCACUGCUCUCCAGCAUACAUUUCUGGAGCAGCCUUAGUCCAGUCGCUCCACUGAGUCCUGCCAGGCUGCAAGGGCCAAACACGCUGUUCCAGUUCCCCACACUGCUUAACAGCCACAUGCCAGUGCCAAUCCCCAGUCUGGACAGAGCUGCUUCUCCAGUACUGCUUUCUUCAAGCUCUCAGAAAUCCUGAUGAUGUCUGGCUACAAUUAAGAACUCAUUAACUGAUCAAAUUUGUCCCCAUGGGCUGGUUUACCUGUGUCAUGAGAAGGACUUCGUGAAACCCUCUGUUAAUUUGGUUUGCACUUUUCAUAUCAUGGAUAGUCUACAUUUAUGUUAGCAUUUUAAAAAACUUUUUUAUAUAUUCAAGUAUAUAUGGAAAUCUGUUUUGCAUUAAGUGAAUUUUAAUGUUUUUGUUUUUAUAUCCUCUUAGCUCUUAAGUGUUGAGCACUGUUGACAGUGAAGAACUUAAUGUUUUCAAUAUAAUAAGGAUGUGAACCUUUUUUCUCCUUAAUUCUGCAUAUGCUGAACUGUGCUUAUAUACACACUAUAACCAGCUGUGCCUUCCUUUGCAUUUAGUUUUAUGUAAAUGAUUUAUAUAUUUUUUAGUAUUAAGAGAAAAUGUUUGAAAGACAAAAAUUAGUAUCAAACAGCUCUUUAGUAGAAUUUCAUUAUUUUUCAUAAGUAGGCAAAAAUAUGAAAGCAUAUUCAUAUCACUUUUUCCUUUUUGCUUUCAGUUGUAUGAGAAUUGCCUUAGAAUCUUUGAAUUGAAAUUCAGUAAAUGUAAUGUCCAAGUAACAUUUUUAUAAAAAUAAACUAAGCCAUAUUUAGACAAUAAACAUUCAUAAAAGAAAAUGUUCUAAAGUGCAUUUUUUAAACUUUGAAGCCUCUUAGAUGUCCAUAAUGUCUUUUCUCCUCCCUAACAAAAAUCUGAAAUGGAAAAAGUUACCAGUCCAUAUCAUCUAAACUACUAUAGUAUUUCUUAGGUUAGCGUGUUCUUAUUUCAAAAGAUUAGUCCUGGUUCUUCCAAGAGAAAAAUCACAUCCACACGAUAUAUUUACUCUAUCAAUAGGAGUUAGGGUUUCUCUAAAUACCUGGAACCUAAUUAACAUUUUGAAAGCAGCUCACUGGUGCCAACUUAAACAACAAUGAAACAAUUCUGUAAAAUAAGGACAGAUAUUCACAAUUUUUGAUGGAUCAAAAAAUGUACUAUAACACAAAUACAGUACUAUAGGUAUUGAAGGCAUUGCUUGUGGAAACUGAGACAUAGGAUCAACUGCUUUGUAUUUUACUUUUUAUGGUGAGAAUGGAAGAAAACUUGACAAAAUUCUUCAGGAAUCUCAUCACUGUGGAACUAACUGUGUAGUAUAGUUUAGAACAGUGAUAAAAGAAACAUUUUCUGUUCUAUCAAAAAGAAAAAAAUCAGUAGGCGCCAUUCCAGAGGCACCACACCUAUGCACAAAGCAGGAAUGUUCCAAAGUAGAUAAGAGAAUUAGAAAGUGCCAUUUAAAAUUAGGUUAACCGUAAUCCUUAACUAAAAAGUAACAGAAACCAACUUAAAAUGUGACUAAAUAGCUGAUCCAAACCAGGCAUUAAAUGGCAGGGAUUGUGAAGAUUAAACAAUGAACUUUAUGAAAACACAUUCUUGAAUUUUUAAAAACUGAAAUUAUGUUAGAAAUUCAGAUUUUCAAUUGGAAUGGAGCUUCUCUAUAUUAUGUGGAGACAUAUGCUUUUAUGGGAAAAACUAAAUCACUCCAAUGAGCCUCUAACUAUAAAGUAAUGGUACUGGCUCCAAACUACAAAUAAACACUACUGUUACUCCCUCAUAGGCUAAUUCUUUACUAAAAUAAGAGGAGCUGGUUCAGGGAACUGAUAAUUACUGAAAGAAAAAUGUGUGAGCUAGAAGAGCUAAAAGGGUCUUUGAGAAUGCUUUCCUCCACGUGUUUCUAGAUCAGGACAGGUAUGCAGGAGAAGCUGAGAGUUGCCUGGGGCCACCAAACUCAUUCAAAGUAGAACAGUGAAUUGGUGUUCUAAUUUCAUUUCCCCAAGGCCUAUCUUUAAGUAACUGGUCCAAAUCUAUGUUAAGUAAAGAAACAGCAUUAAAAAAUUGUAGAAUAAAAUAAUAUAUAUAAAAUGUAAGAUUCUUAUAGAGAAACUAAAAGAAGUCAUUGUGCAAUAAUUUCAACGAAAAAAAUUUAACAUACUUUUGAAAUUAAAUGCUGAUUGGAAAUAUUAAAAUGGCCAGAAAUCUGAUUCCUGGUAUUUUUCCUGCUCCAAAUACUGUGUUUAACUAUACUUUAGAUCCAUUUACUAGAAAUGGAAAGAUAAUUUUUGAUGGAUCAGAAUCCUCUAAUGCAGGGAGAACUAUAGAUAUGAAAGAAUAACUCUCAGAGUGCUGCCUCAUGCUGUGUGUGUUUGUAAAAUAAAUACUUUAUCAGAAAACAGUUUCCAAAGAACAGCAAAUCCCAUCCCACCUACCUACCCCCGCAUCUUUUUAAUGUUUACUUGAUCAGUGUUAAACUGCUAUGGCUAAAGUUUGUUAGAACUAUUACAACCUGAACAUUAGUCUCUUUGUACACAUCUUUUCUAUGAUUGCAAAUAUUCAUUCACUUUCAUAUAUGUAUCAUUUUUACUGUAAUAUUAUUUUUGUUGAAUAAAUACUUUGUGAUAAAAGGUA